ACUCCCACAUGCGGCUGUCAACGCGCCGCUGCUCCCACGCCUCGCUGCGCUCCUCUGACUCCAGGACCUGAGCUUCUCGGGACAUUAGCCGGAGGGAGGAGCUGUGUGCGGUUCAAUACGUAGAUAAAAUGCAGAUGAGCCGAGGGACGCGGCGCGAACUCGGGCAAAGUUAGCCAAGUUUGCUAACUGUCACCUUGUUGCCGCGCUAGCUGAGCUCCCACGCGGAGCGCCGAGUGUCCUCUGAGCAGCGGCUGAUGAGCCGGCUGUCCUGCCCAGUGAGGCCACCUGUUGGCCUGGACUCACGGCACCUCGGAGGCACUUUUUCACUGCGAUAGCAUGUGAAGUAGCCUGUUGGGUCAUGUCUCCACGUCGAGCCACCCUCAGACAGCUGCUGGCAGCCAUGUCUUCCCAGGAAGAAGAACCGCCGGCUGCCGUGUCAGCUGCCCUGUCGUCUGCCCUGUCGGCCGCCGUGUCGGCCGCCAUGGCAGUGGCCAUGGCCGUGGACGCUAAGGCGGAACUCGCCGCGCUGCUGGACGAAUGGGAAGAAGCCCAGCGGGGCACCACAGAGCAGCUGGUGUCCAUCCUCACUAAAAUAUCUGAGCUGAUUGAGCGGGAGACGGCAGAGUAUCACAAAGCAGAUCCUGAUCCGUUUGAUGACCGUCAUCCAGGGCGGGCAGACCCAGACUGCAUGCUGGGACAGCUCCUGAAGAUGCUCUUCAUGAACGAUGACUUCACUAAUGCGCUGUUGGACACAUAUAUCAUGACCAGCCGAGAGCUCAGCCUCAACACAGCAGCCAGCCGUCUGCUUCAGAACAUCAUGCCAGGCCUGGAGUCUGCCGUCGUCUUCCAGGAGAAGGAAGGUCUGGUUGAGAAGCUGUACUCCUGGGCCCGUGAAGCAGAGCGUCCGCUGUGCGUCUACGCCACAGGCCUGCUCGCCAGGGCCAUGAGCACCCAGGAAGUGGCGGCCAGCUACCGAGAGGAGAACGCUCAGCUGGUGCCCAUCAUGAUUCAGCGCCUGCAUGAGCUGCAAACUGAAGAGGCCAGGAGUCACUUCAGUCCCACCAAGACGGCCCAGAAUCUACCUCAGGACUCUCAGGAUGAAACGACCCAAACCUCAAGCGUCGCAACGGACCUGCCAGACAAAACCGAGGGGGAGGGUGUGGGGGAGGAGGGGGAGAGCAGCCGGUCGGCAAAGGCCACAACAAAACCGUCGUCACAGCUCGGUUCCGCCCUGAGAAGCAGCAGCAGCAGUGGAGGGUCCAGCUCGACCCGACUGCUUCCGGACUUUGUUUAUCAAGCGAGCCCAAACUCCGGCACCAGGGAGACGGAGGACGGGCAGAGAGGACGAGGAGGGAAGAGACGGGCAGUGAAGGAGAAUGGGAGGCAGGCCAAACUCAACUUCACCACCUCCUCCCGCAGGACGGAGGAGGAGGAGGAGGAGGAACAGGAGGAGGCGGUGGAGGCAGAGGACAGGAACGAUUCCAUCGACCAGCCGGCCGGCAGCACCUCCUGGUCCGAGAUGAGCUCGAUGGUGAUUGGCUCUGACUACCGCCUGCUGCCGCUGAGCUCGGCCAUGGAGCAGAGGCUCAUCCUGCAGUAUCUGACGCCGCUCGGAGAUUACCAGGAGUUGCUCGCCGUUUUCAUGCAGUUGGACACCCGCUCGCUGCUGAUGAACUACAUUGACCUCAGACAGACCGAAAAUGUCCAGCUCACCUUUGAUGCCCUCCUGUAUCUCGCCUCACUGCUCCUCCAUAAGAAGUUUGCAGCAGAGUUCAUCGCUCAUGGAGGGGUGCAGAAGCUUCUGGAGAUCCCGAGGCCGUCGAUGGCAGCGACGGGAGUCUCACUCUGCUUGUACUACCUGGCAUACAACCAAGAUGCUAUGGAGAGGGUGUGCACCCUCCCGGACGGCGUGCUGUCGGACACGGUGUCCUACGCUCUGUGGCUGUUGGAGUCGUCCCACGCUUCAGGCAUCUGUCACGCCACCAUGUUUUUCUCCAUAUCUUUCUCCUUCAGAGCCGUGCUGCAGCUGUUCGACCAUCAGGACGGCCUGCGCAGGCUGGUCAACUUGGUCAGUACUUUGGAGAUCCUGAACACAGAGGUUGAGGCGUCCAGAAUGAGCGAUGACCAGGUCUUCUCCAGCCGACAGACAGCAAAGCAUACCUGCAUGGCCCUGCGCAGGUACUUCGAGGCUCACCUGGGGGUGAAGGCUGAACAGGUGAAACAGUCCCUGCACUCGUCAGACGGAGGUGCUGUUGUUCCCACGCAGCCGUUUUACAAGGCAUACGCGUACACCAGAGAGCAGGUUAUCGAGAUGAUGGAGUUUCUCAUCGAGUGCGGACCCCCUCAGCUGCACUGGGAACCAGUCGAGGUUUUCUACAAACUGUCCUGUGUCCCACUGAUGCUGCAGCUCAUAUCUACAGCCUGCGACUGGAGGACUUACUACGGCAGGAGUGACACAGUGCGUUACGCCCUGGACAUCCUGGCCAUCCUGAUGGUGGUUCCUAAAGUCCAGUUGGUGCUUGCAGACACUGUAGAAGUUCUGGAUGAAACCAGGUCACCUGUUACCACUGUCGGUAUGAGCAUCAUCCUGGGCGUGGCAGAGGGCGAAGUGUUUGUCAACGAUGCUGAGAUCCAGAAGUCUGCACUACAAGUGAUGAUAAACUGUGUGUGCGCCCCAGACCAGAGCCUCAACACUGUGGGUGCUUUCGCUGUGGCCCCCCUCAGGCCGUCCGUCCACCCACAGCAGCCUCCCACUCCCCACAACCGAGUGCUGGCCCACAUGUGGCAACUAGUUCAGAACAACAACGGUAUAAAGGUGCUGCUGUCUCUGCUGUCGGUGAAGAUGCCCAUCACUGAUGCAGAUCUGAUCCGUGCUCUGGCCUGCAAGGCUCUGGUCGGACUCUCCCGCAGUUCGGCCAUCAGGCAGAUCAUCAGCAAGCUGCCGCUGUUCACCAGCGGCCACAUCCAGCAGCUGAUGAAGGAGCCGGUGCUGCAGGACAAACGCAGCGAGCACGUCCGUUUCUGCCGGUACGCCGCCGAGCUGACGGAGCGAGUGUCGGGGAAGCCCCUCCUCAUGGGCACCGACGUCUCGCUGGCUCGACUGCAGAGGGCCAACGUUGUCGCCCAGUCGCGGAUCACGUUCCCUGAGAAGGAGCUGCUCAUGCUGAUCAGAAACCACCUGGUGGCCAAAGGGCUCCACGACACGGCCAACACGCUCGUCAAAGAGGCCAAUUUAUCCGUAACGUCUCUCUGUGCGAACGCUUCCUCCUGCGUCACACCUCCUCCGCCCUCCUCCUCCUCAGGGAUCCCCAGGACUUGCCGGUUAGCUGGCGGCAUCGCAGCUCGUGUUGCCGGCCAUGUUGGAACGUCUCCUGUCUCCUCAGUUACUGCGCCUCCUGCUCCUCCCACACCACUCCCUCCUCUUCUCGUUCCCUCCCCUCAUGGGCAGGGCUCACAUCUGGUUGGGCGCAUUUUGUUCUCACGAGAACGUCCGGUGGUCCAUUGCAGCUCAGGGAAAAAGCUUCGUGCACUGAAGCAGAAGUCUGACCACGGUGCCUUCAUACAGACUCCAGCCAUGAAGAAGCAGCUAGAGCGCCACCUUCCUUCUCCCCCGACCCUCGACAGCAUCAUCACCGAGUACCUGAGGGAACAACACGCCCGCUGCCCCAACCCUGUCACCACCUGCCCCCCCUUCUCUCUGUACACCCCCCACCGCUGCCCCGAGCCAAAGCAGAGGCGACAGGCAUCGCCCAACUUCACCGCCCGCCUGGGGAGCAGGGUGCUGUACCCGAAGUACGGAGGGGUGGACCGAGGCUGUCUGGACAGACAUCUCAUAUUUAGCAGGUUUCGUCCCAUGACCGUCUUCCACGAGGGUGACGGAGACGAGAGCGGUUUCACCUGUUGUGCCUUCUCAGCCCGCGAGCGUUUCCUGAUGCUGGGAACCUGCUCGGGUCACCUCAAAUUCUACAACGUGUUCUCUGGAGAGCAGGUGGCCGACUACACCUGCCACACGUCAGCCAUCACGCACCUCGAGCCCUCCAGGGACGGGAAGUUGCUGCUCACGUCUGCUUCCUGGAGUUUCCCGUUGUCUGCUCUCUGGAGUAUUGAUAGUGUCUUCAGCAAGAAGAGCUCGUUUGCAGACGAGCACUACGUGGAGUUCAGUAAACUCUGUCAGGACCGAGUCAUCGGCACCAAGGACCAAGUCGCAUAUAUCUAUGACAUCCAGACGGGUCAGAAGACCCUGACCCUGAACGACUCAGCCCUGGCCAACAACUACAAGAGAAACUGCGCCACGUUCAACCCCACGGACGACCUGGUGCUGAAUGACGGCGUGCUGUGGGACGUGCGGGCGUCGCGGGCCAUCCACAAGUUUGACAAGUUCAACAUGAACAUCAGCGGGGUUUUCCAUCCCAACGGCCUGGAGGUCAUCAUCAACACUGAGAUUUGGGACCUGAGGACCUUCCACCUCCUGCACACUGUCCCCGCUCUGGACCAGUGCAGGCUGGUCUUCAACAGCAACGGCACCAUCAUGUAUGGAGCAAUGCUGCAGGCUGAUGAAGAGGACGACGCCAUGGACCAGCAGAUGAAGAGUCCCUUUGGCUCGUCCUUCAGAACCUUCGAUGCCACAGACUACAAGCCCAUUGCCACAGUGGAUGUAAAGAGGAACAUCUUCGACCUGUGCACCGACACCAAAGACUGCUACCUGGCUGUCAUCGAGAACCAGGACACCGUGAGCUUGGACACGGUGUGUCGUCUGUACGAGGUGGGACGGCACAAACUGGCCGAGGAGGGAGACGACGACGACCAGGACGAUGAAGACCAGGAUGAUGACGACUCCUCAGACUCGGACGACGACGAUGACGACGAUAUGGACACAGACCCGCUCAUCGAGGAACUGGAAAAUAACGACGAGCCAGAUAACGAAGAGCGAGCCAACUCUCCGACCGAUGAAGAGAUUGCAGAUCUGCUUGGCGGCAACAGCGAUGACGACAACAGCGAUGACGACGACGACGACGAUGACGACUCAGGAGGCUCCGACCGCUCGGACAGGAGCGACGAUGGAUCUGACCCAGACUACCCAGGACAGUCCGAUGAGGAGGUUCAGAUCCUGCGGGCCCUCGGUGACCGAUGGUUCUCCUGAGCUGCCAGAGGAGGCUCCUCCGCCGACCAUGUGAACCUCGAUGAGACUUUGGUGUUUUUAAGCCCUCAGUCGGUCCGUCAGCUGGACUGUGAACGCACCGAUGUGCACACAAACGUCCUGCAGGAUCACAGAGACAUCUGAGCUUUAGAGAGACCACGGUGAUGCUGAAUAAAUUAACUCCCAAAGACCACGAGACUCACUUCAGUUUCACACUUUUCUCCUCUGCUUCGUUUGACUUUCUGUUUCUGCUGGAAGGAGGAUGUGAAGACGAGACGUUUGUUUGGUUGAAUUUGUUCACCAUAAACGGCCAAACCGCCAGUGAAUGUAAACUUAAGUCAAGGAAGUUUACUUUUGCCCCACAAAUGAGUCCCUCAGGUUUAAUCUUCAUGUUUAACAUCUGAAAUUUUAACACGUGACUUCAGAAACACACAGAAACCUGAGCGUGUGUCCAGAGCCCACCAGGGGGCGUAAGAAAACAGUACAUCUGAGUACUGCAGUGUUUCGUGGUACCGUAUCAGUUCUAAUGGACCGUCACCGCAGCGUCGCCAUGCGGUUCGUCCCAUUCUUCCGCUGCGUCGGUGUUGAACUGCUCGUUCAGUUUCCCACACGAUUCAGCGAACAGGAGUCCGUUUUAAUGAGGGGAGACUUCCUGUUUCAUAAAUGAGUUGAAUUUAUUGUCUUGACUGUUUAUUUUGGCUUAUGGUUGUGGAGCUCAGCGUGUUUCAGGUGUCUUUGUUCCUGAAUAGAAGUGUCAGUUCUGUGAGGACGGAGGACCUGCAGGGUCCCCGGGACGUCCCUGCAGUCCGCAGCGUGUGGACAACGUGUGGACUGCAGGGGUUGGAGGUUUGUAGCAGCUGAUGGUGUUCACGUCAUGUCAUCAUGUCUCACUUCAUAGUCACGUGUCGCCGUGUGAUUUGUGAUUCAUAUUUGUAUUGUCUCGAUUAAGUUUUCAGUUGUUCAUGUGGUUUUGUUAGAUUUUGACAAGCACCAGUUCUUUCACUAUGAGCUGCUACAAAAUGGGGACGUCCUCAGGGUUCAGGUGCGCUUUGCCCCUCGCCGGGCGCCGAGUCUCUGAGCUCCCAGCGGGACGUGAAGGCUGCUUUAAGGAGCAGCUGAAGUCAGUCCAUCCUCAGUUUUACAGCAGAUGGUCUGGGAGUCUGUUUGAGAUUCAGUGAGACUCAGUCCGCUUCACUUCACGAGUCCUGCUUUGAUAAUAAAACUGCUGCUUUGUCUCGUCA